UAAAAUUAUGUUUAUCUGUUAAUACAUAAUUUCCAUAUAUAAGUGUAAGAUACGAUAAAAAUAAUAGUACUUUGAAAAACUAGAUCAGAGAACUGUGAAAAUUAUAAUGAGUUUUGUUAAUAAAGUUGUUCUUAUAACUGGUGGCAGUUCUGGUAUAGGAGCCGCUACAGCUAUAGCUUUCACUAAAGAAGGUGCAAACGUGGCAAUAGUAGGAAGAAAUGAGGAAAAGCUGAAAGGCGUUAUAGAAAAAUGUACAAGUGCAGGAAAAGAACCUUUAUCGAUCAAAGCGGACAUCACACACGAGGGAGAUCCCGAAAGAAUAGUUAAAGAGACAAUCGAAGCAUUCGGAGAAAUAGACAUACUUGUCAACAACGCGGGACUCGUAAGAUAUGCCCAAAUCCUGGACAGUAACAUUUUGGAAACGUAUGAUCUUAUCAUGAACACGAACCUCCGCGCCCAAAUUCACCUGACACAUUUAGUGGGUCCUUCUUUAAUUAAAUCUAGGGGAAAUAUCAUCAAUGUCUCCAGCGUAGCCUCGAAAACAAGACCAACCAUUACGGCACAUGUUAUAUAUGAUAUAUCAAAAACAGCAUUUACGCACUUCUCCCGCGCAGCCGCGGCGGAGUUUGCGCCUCAUGGCGUGAGAGUAAAUACCGUGAGUCCUGGGGCGGUGGACACUGAUAUUCUGCUUAACGCUGGUGUAACUCAUAUAUCCUUCCCUGAUAUGAAAGAUGAAAUGCCACUUCGUAGAAUAUCAGAACCUGAAGAAAUUGCUGAUAUUAUCCUUUUCAUCGCAAGCGAUAAAGCAAAGGCAAUCACUGGAUCAGAUUAUGUAAUAGAUAAUGGAGCUUUAUUGAAAUUUUGACUUUAUUGUUUUAAAUAUAAAAUUGUAAGAGUAAUAAACACUAGGCACCUACCACGUUUUCUCAAAAGUGUGCAUUCAAAUUAUAUGUGAAGUUUAUUUAAUUCCAUUAUAAUAAAAUCUUCCCGUAUCUUUUAUACUGUCAUAAAAUUGGUAUAAUAUGGUGUAUGUUUAUUUGUAAGCGCCUACAUUACAAAUCCGCUGUACUGAUUGAGACAAAAUUCUUAUUUUGACGAAAAUUAAUCCGUCUUAGACUGAGUCAUCACUUACCACCAAGUGAGAUUGCAGUCAAGGCCUAACUUGUAUCUUCAUAAAAAAAAUGGUUCCUUGUUUCUAAGUUUCUAAAAAUUAAAGCUCGUAAACAUUC